AUGGCCGCAGAAGUUCUUCCACCAGUGACCAACAGCGAUGACAGGGUCUUACCUCCUGAAUAUGAAUUGAAUGAGCCAGAACCUGAACAUUGUCCUGGUCCAGAGUCCGAGAUGGCUGGUAAAGCAGAUGCAUGUGAUGGCUGUGCUAAUAAGGAAAUAUGUGAGAGUUUACCAAAGGGACCUGAUCUGGAUAUUCCAUUGAUUACUGAAAAUUUGGCUGGUAUUAAACACAAAAUCUUGGUUCUAUCUGGUAAAGGUGGUGUUGGUAAAUCAACAUUUUCUACAAUGUUAAGUUGGGCUUUAUCUGCCGAUGAGGAUCUUCAGGUAGGUGCAAUGGAUUUAGAUAUAUGUGGUCCAUCUCUCCCAAGAAUGUUAGGAUGCUCUGAUGAAUUAGUCCAUGAAUCUAAUUCUGGAUGGACACCUGUUUACGUAGCUGAUAAUUUAGCUGCUAUGUCAAUCCAAUUUAUGCUACCUGAUGAUGACUCAGCCGUGAUAUGGAGAGGGUCCAAAAAGAACCAACUUAUUAAAAAGUUUUUAAAGGAUGUUGAUUGGGAUGAACUGGAUUAUUUAAUUGUGGAUACACCUCCAGGAACUUCAGAUGAACAUAUUUCAAUUAAUAAAUUUAUGGGAGAGUCUGGUAUUGAUGGUGCUUUGAUUGUCACAACUCCACAGGAAGUUGCAUUACUGGAUGUUAGAAAAGAAAUAGAUUUUUGUAAGAAGGCAGGAAUUAAUAUCCUUGGCCUUGUUGAAAAUAUGAGUGGAUUUGUUUGUCCAGGUUGUAAAGGUGAAUCACAGAUUUUCAAAGCAACUACAGGUGGUGGUAAAGCCUUAUGUGAGGAACUAGAUAUUAGAUUCCUUGGUUCUGUUCCAUUAGAUCCAAGAAUAGGUAAAUGUUCCGACCAGGGAGAAAGUUUCUUAGAUGCAUAUCCUGAAUCACCUGCUUCUGUCGCUGUCCUGAAUGUAGUGGAGAGUCUGAGAGAUGCUGUUGGAGAUAUUUAA